CCUCUGGUCUCUGGAGACUGAGGGAUUGGAGGGGACUGGCACGGCGGUGAUCCACGCUGGGUCAGGGUCCGCGGACCUCUCAGGUCGUAUCCCGGGCGCUCGCGACCCGAUGACCCAGCUCCUGGCGCCUGCUGGCCUGCUUCAUGACCGGGAGAUGGCUGCUGUCUCCAACCGCGCGGAAUUGGGUGCGCCCUGGGGACCCGCGCGCCCCGAGCCCUCUCCCACCCGCUUCCACCAGGUACACGGUGCCAACAUCCGCGUGGACCUCUCCGGGACGCGGGCCACACGGGUGGAGAGCUUCGCCCACGGCGUGUGCUUCAGUCGCGAGCCGCUGGCCCCGGGCCAAGUAUUCCUGGUCGAGAUCGAGGAGAAAGAGCUGGGCUGGUGUGGGCACCUGCGCCUCGGCUUGACUGCGCUAGACCCGGCCAGUCUGGCCGCCGUACCCGAGUUUUCACUGCCCGACCUGGUCAGCCUCGGCCACACAUGGGUCUUCGCCAUCACGCGCCAUCACAACCGCGUGCCUCAAGAGGGCCGCCCAGAGACACACGCAGCGGCUCCCAGCCGACCCCCAACCCUCCUAGUGGAACCGUAUCUGUGCAUUGAGCAGUUUCGAAUACCCCGCGACCGCCUGGUGGGCCGCAGCCGGCCUGGGCUCUACAGCCACCUGUUGGACCAGCUCUAUGAGCUAAAUGUGCUGCCUCCAACUGCGCGCCGUAGCCGCCUGGGCGUUCUCUUCUGUCCGCGCCCGGAUGGCACGGCCGACAUGCACAUCGUCAUCAACGGCGAGGAUAUGGGCCCCAGCGCCCGGGGGCUGCCAGCCGCCCAGCCCCUCUACGCAGUGGUGGACGUGUUUGCCUCCACCAAGAGCGUGCGCCUAGUCCAGCUUGAGUAUGGCUUGCCAUCCCUGCAGACUCUGUGCCGCCUGGUGAUCCAGAGGAGCGUGGUGCACCGGUUGGCCAUUGACGGACUCCACCUGCCCGAAGGACUUAAGGAUUUCUGCAAGUAUGAGUGAAGGCCUGCAGCCCCCCUGGAGCAGGACCACAAGAGCGCGUCCUGGCCCCAGAGCUGUGGCUGGUCUGAAGCUGCCCACACUGCUGCCAGCCAGGACCAGAAAUAAAUACAGCUGAUGCUGACACUGA